AAAUGAUUGAAAGGAAUUACUUAAAGCAGUGAUAGAGGCACACCACCAGGGCACCGGCCCGCAGCCAGUAGGUGGCCCCCGCUGCCCUCCAACCUUCAUGCAGGCUCUGGUUCUUUUUGCUGUUCUUUUCCCCAAAGCUAAAACUCACCGAUCUUUCCUCUGCAUUCAGUGCCAGAGCGUGUGACCUUUUAUUUAAGGACGAUCGGGAAACAGAAUGAUGAGCAAAAUUAUAUAAUAAAAAAUACUUGAGAUUUGUCUGUCCCAGUAGUGGAAAGUAUGUGGGGUAUGGGCUGAGUCUAACUGCGAAAGCAGGGCACGUCUCCAUAGUUGUUAUACUUGGGGAAAAUGGGAUCUGUGGGAGGCAGCGCGGAGCGGAGGGUGCCCAAGCAGCGCGCCCUGGCAGCCCUGCUCUCCUGCCCCGAGCUGGGUUUGGGUGUUCCUAAACAAUGGAAGUUGCAAAACAUGUGGCACCGCGUAUUAAAAAGGGCUUAGGAGAGGAGAACCGCAAUGAGCAGCCUGGGGCAGAGCCUCGGGCCACAGCGUGGACGUUUUCUGGAGAGGACUGCAGCUAUUUACAGGCACAGCGAGCCAACCCGUGGAGGCAAUCCCAGCUCGCACACAUCUGCGCGUAUUCUGGGAUGCCCCGGGCUGCCAGAGCAACCCCCUGCCCUGACCACACGGCGGGAUACAAACCGAGCUCUGUCUGCCAGCGACAACCCAGGGGGUUCUGAGCAGCCCCUGGAGGCACUGAGGACAGAGCAGGACGGGGCGCAUAUCACUCUGAGUGUGAGCGGGAGGGUGACGCAGCCAACAGUCUCUUUCAUGUUCUAAAUCAUUUCUUCUCAGGUUUCUAAGGCUCGGGUUACACCCGAACAGACUGGUGUUUAUUAAUUUACUCCCUUCGGGGCCGUUCAGAGUCAUACGUAACAACAGCCUUAUUUGGGGUUUGUUGGCCUACUGUUGCCAUAAAGAUGCAAGGAGGAGCUGGUGGAUAAUUCUGGCCAUGCCCAUGCUCUGGAACCCUCCCCUGAUGCUGCCUGAUCCAAACACCUCAAAGGAAAGCGCUGGCUCCUCGCAGGACAGCGUCGGGGCUCCUGCCCCUCUGGAGGGGAUCCUCCCGGUCUGAGUCACUGGUGGCUGCUUUGCAUUCUGGAACGAGGUUUGUGUCCCUCCUAAGCGUAAUGAGAAGGUGGAUAACGCAACCCACAAAACUCUAGACCUUGGUGGUAAUUAAGACACCCACAAGAUAAUUAAGCCCUAAUAAAAAUAUAUAUGUAAAAAGUCAUUGCGAAAGUCAUUCUUAUCAGUUUUCAACUGUUGCCUUCCUGUAUCUCUGGCCAAGUUAACACCUUGCUUUUCUAAUCUCCCUUCUUUCAGCAAGUCUCAAAUCCCAUUGCAAAACGCAGCACUGCCGCUGCCGUCAUUUAACGGCCACAAACCCAAUGAACCCGAGCUCACUCUGGUGCCUGUCACACAGACCCAGGUCCCAUUCAACGCUGUGUCCUGUGUCAAGACAAACCUACCUGUUACCUGACGAUCUUUUUCCCUUACUCUUGUUUCUAGACUGAAAAUACCCACCCCAAACUCCACUCUUUCAUUCUUUACAUCCUCACUUCCUCUAAACUUCCUUCUUCUCGUGAAGUAUCAUUGCAGAGCAGUGACCUGAGCAAAGCACGGUGUACCCUGAGGGUACUCAGCAUUCCAGGGCAUGGCUCUGCUCCCUGCUCUGCCAGCAUGCAGUCCAAAGUCUGAACCGGUGCGUUCUCUCCUUCUGCAGCCAAAGAAGGACCCAGCAGCAGAGCAGCGGGCAGGAAGGGGCAGCUGGAAUCCUGUUUGAGGAUAAUUAGGAUAAGCUUCACAGAAUCACAAUUCCUAUGGCUUUAAACAGUGUCAUGAACAGCCAGAAAGCUGAAAGGGAAGAAUUGUUAUUUUUGGCAGGAGGUCUUUAUGGCUGAUGCAGGAACUUUCUCCUUAGUUAUUCAUUGUCUUGUCAAGACUCAUAAAACAGCCAGCAGAGCCCAGCAAGUAUUUUUCUUCAGUGUUCUGGGAGCUCAGAAAUGCAGGAAUUAAACGUGGCCUUGAACCCAUUUUAUGGACUCACUUCUUACGGGGCUACCAUAAAACAUUAAAAUUCAGAGCUUAUAAAUCAGGAGGGGAAGUGCCGCACGUUUCUUUUCAGAAGCAAGCUGUUGGAGACUCUUCCCGAGGUAAGUCAGGGACAGACAGAGAGCGAGAGACGACGACCUCAAGCAGGAGAAAUCAAAGAGAAAAAAAUCCCCUUGAGAAAAGCAACACAUUGGCUCAGUUUAUGGCCUGGUGACCCCGUCCCAGCGCCAGCGAGGGCUGCAGUCAGCGCAGUGACCCUGCCUCUCUUUGGCAGGCACCGGCCGGGCUCCCCCAUGAUGGCACAGAGAAGCAGACUCGCAGCCUCCUGCCGAGUACACGUCCUCGUGCUUUGCUUUUUGGCACGCGUAGCCACAGGUGUGGAACUGUCUGUAAACAACCACAACGAUGACUUCACCCUGCCCAUAUCGCCCGGGUCCCUCGUCUCCCUGUCCUGCCUAGCACAGAACAGCAGCCAAGCCGAGGAGCUGCUCUGGUACCGAGGAGAUGGCCGGGUGGAUCUGAAAGAUGGGAAUAAAGUGAACAUCAGCAACAUCUGCAUCUCCCCGGUCUCUGAGUCUGACAACGGCGUUGCCUUCACGUGCAGGCUGGGGCGGGACCAGUCCGUGCAGGUCUCGGUGGUCCUGGACGUCCGCUUUCCUCCCUCCGUGGGUGAAGAUGAGUCCAUCCAAAUUGAAGAAGGCAAAGACGUCACCCUGGUCUGCAAUGCCAAGUCCAACCCUCAAGGCCAAACAGCGUGGUACAAGAACAACGCCAUCCUGACCCUACAAGACCACUACCAGGUGUACCAGACCAGCGAGGUCUUCCAGCUCUCUAUCAAGAAAGUACAGAAGUCUGACAAUGGGACCUACACCUGCGAGGUGAAAUCUUCUUGUGGAGACAGCAGUAAGGAUUUCCACCUGAUAGUUGAAGAUAAAAAACCUGUCUUCCCCAAGGAGGCUGUUAUUGCUGCUGUUGUGGUGGUCACGAUCACUGUGCUUUUUGGAAUCCUGGCUCAGAAAGAAAAAAUAUUUAAGGUAUGGAACGAUCCAGUUCCUUAGAAAAAACAUAAUGCUGCAAUGUCCUUUUGUUCUCCAACUUUUCUACGUUGCUUUGUAGCAUUGUUUUCUGGUGUUAGAGAGCCAUUGUGUACUAUCACCACUUUAGAAGUACCAGCAGAUAAAUCAAAUAUUAGAUAUAUUAAGGGGAGUGAAUUACACGUGUGCAAGACAUCGGUAAUAAUAUCCCUAUGGCCAGAAAAUGCAAAGAUAACACGACUCUCUCUUUCUUUUCAGUGCUUCAAAAAACCAAGUCAAACAGCCCUGUAAGUACCUGACUGCUCAGUCACACAGCUUCCCAGAAUAAGGGUCUGAAUGAAGGCCCUUCUUUAAGCUCUGGCACAACAAGAGAGCACCAAACACAAUGACUUGCUGUGCUGCAGCUUGGGCUGGCCACUGUCACCCUGCUCCUUCCUUCACACCUGCGGGGCUGGAGCGUGGGGACACAAGCACGAGGCACAGGGACACAGUGUGGGGACACAUCCAUGGCACGUGAGGGGAAAACACUCUGCAGAGGGAAAAAAUGACCGUGUAUCCCCACCCGCUGAGAGCUCUCAGGAGCUGAAUGCAGCCCAAGCGAAUCCAGUGCAGCCAUUGGCUUUUUUUUUCCAUAGGAAGUAAGAUUUAUUUUUUCCCUUUUGCUGCAGGUAAAGAGGACACAAAAACUUUGCAUACCCAGAAAACACCAUCCCAAGCGGUGGCACACAAACCCCUGCAGGAGAUGACGAGAUGAGGCACUGAAGCACAACCCUGCACCCAAGCUUAUACGGUCUUUUUGAAAAUACAAGUGUUAUUUCACAACUGCUGAUUGUAACUUGCCGCUCAGAACGCAGCCACGGGGCAGGAGGCCUGAGACGCCGCCACAUCUCGCCCUCAGUGCCGCUCCAUUAGAGGCAGGCCCUGCCCCAUCAGGCCGUGGGCAGCCCCGAGCGUGGGGCGAUGUGUGGGGAGCGGGGGAGGGCACUCCCCGGCCUGCCUCUGCCCAACUGCCCCUCGGCUUCCUGCGUUCCUGCCGGGCACGCUGCGAGCUCUCAGAGCCCCGUCGUACCUCGGGACUGCACCUUCCCGCCAAUAAACGCACGGUGCCAUACAUUAACUCGAGUCUGUGGUGUGCGUGCUGUUCUCAGAGCAGGCCUGUCGCUCAGCAGGAAGGCGCUGGGCGCGGGGCGUCGCGGUGGGCGCCAAGCCCUCAGAACGUUCUGGAGAAAGGGGCGGGGCGCGGAAAGGGGGCGGAGCUUCGCUCCCCCCCCGCGGGCUCCGCGCGCGCGAUCCGCCUCGCUUUGUCCCUCGCCGCCCGCCGUCCCCCUCCCACCGCCACCCUCAGGGCCGCGCGGCUCGGGCCCCACUUCCGGCUUCCGGUGCCGGGGCUAUAAGAGCCGCUUCCGGCGGGGCGCGCGCGACCCGCUGCAGGGGCUC